CAUUGUCCGUGUCAUAUGAUCGUCAUUAAGAGAAGACACCUUCGUCAGUAGGCGUUAACUCCUUGAAAAAUCCAAUUCGAGACAGAUAUCGAAAGUAAUUCAGAAAAUCUUGAUUAUAAACGAAAUAAGAAUUUCUAAAACUUCAAAAUGGCACUGAGCGAUGCAGAUGUACAGAAGCAGAUUAAUCAUAUGAUGGCCUUUAUUGAACAAGAGGCAAAUGAGAAGGCAGAAGAAAUUGAUGCUAAAGCAGAGGAAGAAUUUAAUAUUGAAAAAGGUCGCUUGGUUCAGCAACAAAGAUUAAAAAUCAUGGAAUACUAUGAGAAAAAGGAAAAACAAGUUGAACUACAAAAAAAGAUUCAGUCAUCAAAUAUGCUGAACCAGGCACGUUUGAAAGUUUUGAAAGUAAGAGAAGAUCAUGUUCGUAAUGUAUUAGAUGAAGCUAGGAAGAGAUUAGGAGAAGUAACCAAAGAUGCACGAUACAGGGACAUUUUGAAGUUAUUAAUUGUGCAAGGCCUAUUUCAGCUGACAGAAAGCCAUGUUACUGUCCGUGUACGUCAAGUGGAUCUUCCUUUGGUUGAAUCACUUAUUGACAAUGUCCAGGAUGCUUAUAAACAAGCAACAAUGAAAGAUGUAACAGUUAAGAUUGAUCAAGAUAAUUUUAUCUCAGCUGACAGUUGUGGUGGUGUUGAUCUAUUUGCAGCAAGAGGACGUAUAAAAGUCAGCAACACUUUGGAAACACGAUUAGAAUUAAUUGCAGCGCAAUUAAUACCAGAAAUACGUGGUUCUCUGUUUGGAAGCAAUCCCAAUCGCAAGUUCACUGAUUAAAAAAAUGCCUUUCUCAUUUUCUCUUUUCUCUUCUUUUCAUUCUUUUUUCCUUCCUAACAAAAACAUUCCCUUCUUUAGAAAGCUAAAAUGACUGCAGAAUUCGUUAUGUAGAAAAUGUAGAAUCUGUUGUUGACAUUGUUGGAAAAAAGAGAGGAAGUGAAAUUGUGAAAUAUAUAAAAAUAUGCGCGUGCGAGCGCGCGCAUGCACAUAUAUAUACAUAUAAAUAUAAUAUACAUAUACCUAUGAAGUAUUUUAAUGUGUAUGAACUUUUAAAUUUUUUAAGAAUUUCCUUUAUUUCAAUUAAAUUUAUUUUUAUCAUUUAGAAAUGUAGCCAUUGUUAACUGUUGUGGUGAGUAUAAUUGUUCUUAGACAAAUUUAAAUCUUGUAAAAAAUAUAUAUAUAUCAAAUCGUUA